UUCUUUAUUCAAUUUCGUUUUUUGGUAAUCCGAAAUACAAACAUAAUUUAGACAAUGCAAAGUAUACACAUCAAAAUAAACUUGAUCGUUUUAUGUUUAUAGCAACGGCAAUAUAAAAUGGAAAAUUAGUGAGCAUAGAAAACAUGUUAGGUGCUACACAUAGAGAGAAAAAUGCAAAUACUUUAGUGCGAUCCAGGAGUUUACCUAAAAGAAUGUUUCAGAAACCGUUGUUUCGAAGUAUGUCAAAACAAAUGCAUAAAAAAGCCAUAUCAAAUCUCCAAAAUCAUUCUUCGCUCGGAUAUCCUGUUUCACCGCAGUCUUAUUAUACGGGAGCAUUGUUUCAAUAUGGCUCGCAUUUUCACGAAGCCUCUAAUAAACUUUUGAAGUUUUCAGAGUCUAGAAAAGAAUCUCUAACUUUGCCAAAAGUUCAUAACGAAAACUCGUAUGAUGUACCACAUUUUGCUUCAAAUAGCAAGUAUGAUUUUGAACCUUAUUUGUACGAAAAACGUAAAAGAGCCACUAGCAUUCGAAGAUGCCAAAGUUUACCUAUGUGUUUCCAAGAAAAAGACUUUAAUGCUAUAUCAACAAGUCCGUUAAUUUUUGGAGAGUUGAAAUGCAGCGAAGAUAUCUCUGUAAAUAAAAAUGUAAACCUUUUUAAUGUGGUUAAAAAAAGUAACAGUAUAUUAGAAAAAGUAACUCGAACUCGUAAAGGCUCUUUUUCAAGAAAAGACAGCAAUUGUAGUGAAAAACUAGAAUUUGACAAUCUUUUAUUGGAAAAUCUCAUAUCAAAUGUGCUAAAAAAAUAUAUUAACUCUAAAACAUACAAUUCGUCAUUAUCAAAUAAACGAUCACGACAUUUAAGCAAACUACUAGAGGAUAUGGUUAGACUUCGUUUAAUCAAUAGCAACGACAAGUACAAAAUUGUAGCUCAUGUAUUUUUGGGAGAACUAAAAGACUACGGUUUAUCUUUUGCUACGCAGUGCUCUUAUCAUCCAACUGAAGAUUUUUUUGCGUCCUCAACAUCACAGUCAGAAGAUAUAUUUGUUUGUGCUAUUGUUACCGCUAUGAAAUGCGACGAGGGUUUAUUUUAAAAUAAUGGAUCGUUAUGUAAAAUGCAAUAUUAUGUAAAAUUUAAGCAACUCAAACAAUAUAAGAUGCAAAAGCUGGUGAAAAAAGCUGAAUUUUUUCCUUUAUUAAAAUGAAUGCGAAAGAUUUAUUUAAAAAAAAGCAUGCUAUAAGUGGAAACUUUGGAUAUAGAUUUUAUCUUUUCAUAACCAUCAAAGGCAUUUUACAACAAUAUAAGAUUAACGCUUGCCAUUGAUUUAUUGGUGCUGACGAACACUAUAAUAAAACACUUGGUGCUAAUAGAUGAAACCUGUCAUAGUGUCAAAAUGAAAAAGUUAGUUGAAAGAAAUAUUGAAAGAAAUAA